UUCAGAGUCACACUUGAGGAGCUGCUCAACAACCAAACAGCACAACUGGAAUACCUGCAUGAACGUGCCUUUGAGAAUGUCUAACAUGCUGUUACUACUCAAUGUCAUCCUCACCCUGUGGGUUUGCUGUGCUCAUGGGCAAGGAAGAACGUGUGAUUUUCCAGAAAUAAAACAUGGAAGCAUAUAUAAUGAAAAUAGAUAUAAAAAAUCCUUCCCAGCUGAUGUAGGGAAAUAUUUCUACUACACCUGUGAACACAGCUUUGUGACUCCUUCACAAUCACUCUGGACUCGAAUAAACUGUACAGAGGAAGGAUGGUCCCCAACACCAAAGUGCCUCAGACAGUGCUUUUUCCCUUGGGUGGAAAAUGGUCAAUCUACAUCUUCAGGACAAACGCACCGGGAAGGUGACGUCGUUCACAUUGUGUGUAAUGCUGGCUACAGCCCCCCAAACGGUCAGAGCAGCAUUGCAUGCGGAGAAAGUGGCUGGUCCUCCCCUCCUGAAUGCCGUCGUGUCUAUCCUCAAGGAAGAUGUGGGCCUCCUCCGCCAAUAGACAAUGGAGACACUGUCUCACUCCCAUUACCGCAAUAUCCUCCAGAAUCAGCUGUUGAGUACAAGUGCCAGGCCUACUAUGUACUUCAGGGAGACAAACACAUAGUGUGUCGGAAUGGAGAGUGGUCAGAACCACCAAAGUGCUUAGGUGCAUGUGUAAUUUCAGAAGAAAUGAUGCAACAACACAACAUACAGUUAAAAUGGAGACAAGAUAGAAAACUUUAUACUAGAACAGAUGACAAUAUUGAAUUUACGUGUAAAUAUGGAUAUCGCCCAACGACACCAAAUCAUACAUUUCGAACAACCUGUCACGAAGGAAAAGUGGUGUAUCCUCAUUGUGAAUGAAACAUUGGUUAAAAUGCAGUCAUAAAACUGAACUUUUCAUUAUUAA